GAAUCUUCAUCAAAAUUACAUCAUUUUCAACUAGUUGUUACUGUCAAUUUAUUUAUCAUUUUAUGUUUCAAUCUAACAUCAUCGUUUGUUUGGUUGUAUUUUAAUUUUUCAAUAAAAGUUUUUUGUAUUUUUAAGUGAAUAUUCAAUCACAUCUUCAAUGAUGUGGGGAAUUCUCGUUUUUGGAUUUUUUGCGGUGACACUAGCCCAAGAUUACGAAGUAUCGGACAUCCAAUGUAGUCCACCAACAUCUCCAACAGACCUUCUUACUGCUAAAAUCAGACGGCCGGUUGGAUUCAAAGGUUCACCGCUCUUUGCUGAUGAUCGAGCUGCUGACCCGCUGACUGAUAUUCAAUGUCAAAUACGGCCUGAUCCAGCAGAUGCAUUAGAAGAUAAUUACUUUUUGAAAGUAACUGAUUUUUCACGGUGUGGAAUCUUAAAAAGAAAUGGUUUCAUUCACCUGAGAAUAUGGUUUCCGGCUUUUCCUGGAGUUGUCAUGCUGGCAGAUCAAGAGUUGAUUCUAAUGUGCAGACCACCUGAACCAACACUUUUGAGACAUAAAGCUGCUGGUUUUGCUGGAACAUUUCCUCAUGGUGCGCGUGUAUCAGGUAUUGUUGAAGAAACACCAGGACGAUUAGAGUACGAAGUAGCUCUUUAUCGUGAAGCAAUUGGAAACUCUUCAGAAAGUUCAAUAGGCGCAGAAACGGUAGAUCAAGCUGUUCCAAUCGGCACGAAACUCCAAUUACGUGCUCGCAUAAGUGCUGAAAGUGCUUGGGGAUACAUUAAAUUAAUAGAAGUGACAGUAAGCCCUGAUCCAGAUAACCCACAUGCACAAGGAAGUGUUGUUCUUGUUAAAGAUGGUUGCAGAAAUCGUGAUUUUGCAUCAAUAAUCCCUCAUCAGCCGUCAAGGUAUCGCGAAAGAAAAAAUGAAGUGUUUCUUGACUUUGAGGCUUUUCUCUUGAGCUCUAUGCGCGAAAGGUCUACUCUAUGGAUUCACUCUCAGAUAAAAGCCUGUAUGGAGCCUCAUGAUUGUCAACCAGAUUUUUGUUUGGAUCUAUUUGAGCCGUCUGGUCACGGGAAACGAAAACGUAGAGCAGAUGGAUUUGUUGAAGAAACGUUCGGAAAUGGAAGUAAUGAACCGAAAGUGGAACGGUUAAUUCAAAAUUAUAAUGACUCAACACAAUUUACUAAAAUUAAAGAAAACAUUGAGUAUACUGUUAUGAUGCCUAGUGAUCUCUAUGACAAAGUUGCAUUGGGCUUAGAAGGAAAUUGUGGGAAUUUUCUCUACGUAGCUACUGGCCUUGGUGUGUUACUUAUGUUUUCAGCGUUUAUCAUGUGUUAUCUAAUAUCACGAUUACACAACAUAACUACAAGUGUGCCUCAAAACAAAUCCAUCGACGAAUUAAUCAGGGAUCGUUCAAGAAAAUACUGUGAACCCGCACCAGGUUACACUGGUCGCACGAUCAUGCAAUAAAUUACAAUUUUUAUUAGGAUUUUUUUUGUCAUAAAUCAUUUAUCAUGUGGAUCAUUAAUUAUUAUUUUACAUAUCAUUAGUCAUAAUCUAUAAUCAUUUUUUAUCAGUAAUUUAUUUUAUUUAAAAAACAUAUAGUUAUUUUUCAUAAGAAAUGUGCAAAGCUAUGGCGUGACCUGAAGAAACGAAAUUGUGACGUUUUUUUUGCUCAUUGAAUAUUACGUAUUAUUUAUAACUGUAUUAUUUUUAGUGGAAAUGGGUGGGGUGAGUUAUUAAAAGGACUGACUGGUUUUGGGUAAAUUAUUACUUUGUAUAUAACACAAAUAUAUAAUUAAUUAUAUUAUAUUAUUUAUAUAUUUAGAUAAAUGACAAUAUAUUUUUAAUAUCAGUGACAAUUUUCAUAAAUAUUUUUUUUCCUUAUUAAUAAUUGAUUUAAUUUUAAGUUAUCACUACAAAGUAAUAUAUACAUUGAAAAUUGUCAAGGUUAUUAAAAAAAAUUGAUAAAUAAAUAAUUAGUAUAAUAACAUGUAGUUUUUAUCUGACUGAUAUGAUAUUUAUUAAAUAAAAAUUAAAUUUAAACAAU